UGACACUGACUGCACCGCGGGAAGCGCUAAAAUUGGAUACCUCUGCCGCGCCGAGCUCACGCAGCUGACCGUGCCGAACCGGACGAUGCGCCUCGUGAGAUCAUCCCGCAGACGAUAACGAAGGGGUGCUGGAGAUGGCGGCCACCGAGAGCACGAUUCGAUUUAGCGGCCACACGUUGGACAAGGCGACCAAGGCCAAGGUAACGCUGGAGAACUACUACAGCAAUCUGAUAGCGCAGCACAUCGAGCGGAAGCAGAGGCUGGCGAAGCUCGAAGAGUCCCUCAAGGAUGAGGGCCUCUCGGAGCAGCAAAAGCAGGAGAAGAGGCAACAGCAUGCUCAGAAGGAGACCGAAUUCCUCCGACUGAAACGGUCCAGGCUUGGCGUUGAGGACUUCGAACCUCUCAAGGUCAUCGGCAGGGGAGCAUUUGGCGAGGUAAGACUCGUACAGAAGAAGGAUACCGGACAUGUGUACGCGAUGAAGAUUCUCCGGAAGGCAGAUAUGCUCGAGAAGGAGCAAGUUGCGCACGUCAGGGCGGAGAGGGACGUUCUCGUGGAAGCGGACCAUCAGUGGGUCGUGAAGAUGUACUAUAGUUUUCAAGAUCCUAUAAAUCUCUAUCUAAUAAUGGAGUUUCUUCCCGGUGGUGAUAUGAUGACGUUACUCAUGAAGAAGGACACGCUUUCCGAGGAGUGCACGCAAUUUUAUAUUUCCGAAACGGCGUUAGCAAUCGACUCCAUACACAAAUUAGGUUUUAUUCAUAGAGACAUCAAGCCAGACAACCUGUUGCUAGAUGCACGGGGCCAUAUAAAACUUUCUGAUUUUGGACUGUGCACGGGUUUGAAGAAAUCACAUAGGACUGAUUUUUACCGAGACCUGAGUCAAGCGAAACCUUCCGAUUUCAUGACAUCAUGCGGGAGUGGAAGCGGCGGCGCGAUGGACAGUAAAAGGAGAGCCGAGAGCUGGAAAAGAAACAGGAGAGCGCUGGCUUACAGCACGGUAGGCACUCCAGACUAUAUCGCGCCGGAAGUAUUUCUGCAAACAGGUUACGGACCGGCUUGCGACUGUUGGUCCUUGGGAGUUAUUAUGUACGAGAUGCUUAUAGGAUAUCCACCAUUCUGCAGUGAAAAUCCACAGGAGACGUAUAGAAAAGUAAUGAACUGGCGAGAAACGUUAGUGUUUCCACCGGAAGUUCCCAUUAGUGAAGAGGCUAAAGAUACCAUUAUCAGAUUUUGCUGCGAAGCCGAUAGAAGAUUAGGAGCGCAAAGAGGCAUCGAGGAACUCAAAUUAGCGCCUUUUUUCCGCGGUGUCGAUUGCGAGCACAUUAGGGAAAGACCAGCUGCUAUACCGGUCGAAGUACGAUCUAUCGACGACACGUCGAACUUCGACGAGUUUCCAGACGUGAAAUUAGAGAUACCGUCCGCACCGAUGCCACAGGACGGUGAGGUAAUAUACAAGGACUGGGUAUUCAUUAAUUACACCUUCAAACGCUUCGAGGGUCUGACACAACGGGGCACACCGACCAAGAAAUAGCAACCCCUCACUUCCUGCUCGAUCAACAGUGCCGUCGCCAAUCAGCAGCCAGCUGACGUGAUCGAAAUUCCGGCCUUGGUACAUCAUCCUCAUCCGCCGCCAUCAACGACAAUGGUGUCGCGUACAGCGGAUGGUUGAUCUGUCUCGCUUUUGGGCGCAGUUUAAGUAUCGAAUCAUUCUUAUUUGUAUAUACGUGAUGAGCACGGAUCGUGAAUACGUGCAGCGUCAAUCACGGAUAUCAACAGUCGCGAGCGGUGACAAGCUCGAUCAAUCAAGCAGACAGGCGGGCAGAUAUAGAAGAGUAUAGCGAUAAAAGUGCACAAUACAUGAAUGUUGCACGUCUCGACGCGUGCAUCGAUAAUACGCGUUAAGGCGAUGCGAGCGAAGUCUUUCGUUGUGUGACUCACGGUGAUCCUCGUCGAGAAGCAUUAUUCUUUACUCUUGUCGUGCCGCGGAGGAGGCGUUUUGUGCGAAGCGUAGCAUAAUAAGCUCUCUGUGGUAAUGGUAUUAAACGGAAAUGAUCGGAGAGAGUCUCGGUUCCGUGAUCCUCACGUACUUCUUAUUUAUCUAUACGGCGCGCGUGUCGAUGAAAUUUUAUCUUACGAAAUACAUUUGUAGAAAG